UGUUUGAAAUAGACUAAUAGACGGAGGGGCACAUGUGAAUAUUUUAUAGUACUACGCGGUGUAAGAAAUCAUUGUAGUCAGAAAUUAAUAUUUGAAUAAUUCUUCUCAUCGUAUUGGUGAAAAAGGAAACAUUGAACCUGAAGUAAUACGCAGUAAACUCUUCAGUUUAUGUUUUCAUGGACAUAAUGGAAAAUCUAAGUUGCCAGUUUUGGGGAAGUGCGACAUUUGCGGAGCUUUGUUUCUAGUGGAAGAAGUGGUAGUGGUUUGCAGUCUGUAUUUAGUAUUUUUAUGUUACUUGUAAUGAAUAAAUAGCUUCAGUGUCGAAAUCUAGAAGGAACAUAAAACAUUUUAUAUGUGUUCUCAUCUGUAGAACCAUAUAUGCAUUAUUUACAAACGUUCGCAAAUAGCCCUCAAGAAUGGUAGGCUUGGCUAGCGGUGGACACCUCUACAGCCCUGCAGCAACAGCAGAAGGUUUGGCUUUUCUGUGACCAAUCAUUUCAUGAGAAACGAGUUAUUUUGAAGAUUUCCGUGUUAUGAAAAUGUGAAAAUAUGUAACUACAGAUUUAUCUAUAGUGACAAUAAUUUUAAAUUUUCUUAUAUUAAGAUGAAUGUGGUAACUUGUUAAAACUCUAAUAUUCAAGAAUAGUGGAAUAUUUUCUGCUACACUCACCAGUUUGAAGUAGGCCUAGGAAGAACUAAGGUACAAGAGAUGAGUACCAUAACAUCAAAUGCUCCGACAUCUGCAGAUGCUUGUCUCAGUAUUGUACACAGCCUCAUGUGUCAUCGUCAAGGUGGUGAGUCAGAGGGAUUUGCCAAGCGAGCUAUAGAAAGUUUGGUGAAGAAGUUAAAGGAAAAGCGUGAUGAAUUGGAUAGCUUAAUAACGGCUAUUACAACCAAUGGAGCUCAUCCAAGCAAGUGUGUGACAAUACAACGGACUCUGGAUGGCAGACUGCAGGUGGCAGGACGCAAGGGGUUUCCACAUGUCAUCUAUGCAAGAAUUUGGCGGUGGCCAGAUUUACACAAGAACGAGUUGAAGCAUGUGAAGUAUUGCCAGUUUGCAUUCGACCUGAAGUGUGAUUCCGUAUGUGUAAACCCAUACCAUUAUGAACGUGUGGUAUCACCAGGAAUAGAUCUGUCUGGAUUAUCCCUACAAUCUGGACCAAGUCGACUGGUGAAAGAUGAAUAUUCUGCUGGUGUGGUGGGAGGUAGUGGCAUGGAAGUGGAUGGAGAUGUAGGAGUGAGUCAUGCUGUACCACAAACAAUACAGCACCAUCCUCCACCACCCCAGUUCUCUCUUGGCCUCCAACAGCAGCAGACAGCAGGUGACUCAGUUGCUCUGUUCGGAGCUCCCGGGGCUGGGCGGACCACCAAGAUGGAGCCGCCACCACCACCAGACACCUGCCCACGUUCCACAUGGGUGCCCACCAGGCUGUCACAUUCUUCUGGAGCUGCUGGUGCUUCUGGUCAUGGUUUGGUGCAUUCAGUUGUAUCUCCUACAAGUGGAACACCAAAUGCACUGACUUCCCAGCAGACCUCUGUGACCCCUUCACAGUCUGUGGUUGCACCAGGUGCGUUGGUAUCUCCCACUCAAACCUUGGGUACUGCUGGACCGGGCUCCUUCUUUGGGACAGACAGUUUGUCGUCUAGUGGCGACACACAAGCUGUGCUUGCUGCAUCACUCAGUGGCAGUCAGCAGCAGAGUCCUACGACUGCACCAGUCUCACCACAUCUGCAGCAGAAUGGCUUCACCAACUCUGGUACACUUAGUAGUACAUCACCAAACCAACAGCAGCAGCAGCAACCAUUUAGUGGAGCUCAGGGAACAUGGACUGGCAAUAAUACUCUCACCUACACCCAAAGCAUGCAGCCUCCUGAUCCUCGUUCACAUCAUCCAGGAUAUUGGGGACACAAUGCAGCACAGCUUGGCUCAGAUGUUGCUUUGACAGGUUUGCUGUCAACACAACCUCCACCAGAGUACUGGUGCUCAGUGGCAUACUUUGAAUUAGACACGCAAGUUGGUGAAACAUUCAAGGUGCCAUCUGCCUGCCCUAAUGUGACAGUAGAUGGUUAUGUUGAUCCCUCAGGAGGUAACCGGUUCUGUCUGGGAGCACUUAGCAAUGUUCAUCGUACAGAACAGAGUGAAAAGGCUAGGCUACACAUUGGUAAAGGUGUGCAGCUGGAUCUCAGGGGUGAAGGAGAUGUGUGGUUACGCUGUCUCAGUGACCAUUCAGUCUUCGUACAAAGUUAUUAUCUGGAUCGAGAAGCUGGACGGGCUCCUGGAGAUGCUGUGCACAAGAUCUAUCCGAGUGCAUAUAUCAAGGUAUUUGAUCUUGGGCAAUGUCAUCUGCAAAUGCAGCUGCAGGCAAAAACAGCUCAAGCAGCAGCUGCAGCCCAGGCUGCCGCUGUUGCUGGUCACAUCCCAGGACCACACUCAGUUGGUGGCAUUGCCCCAGCCAUCAGUCUGAGUGCAGCAGCAGGUAUUGGUGUGGAUGACUUGCGGAGGUUGUGUAUCAUAAGGCUUAGUUUUGUGAAAGGCUGGGGACCUGAUUACCCCAGACAGUCCAUCAAAGAGACUCCAUGCUGGAUCGAGGUACACUUGCAUCGUGCUCUGCAGUUGCUGGAUGAGGUUCUCCACACAGUGCCAAUUGAUGGGCCUCGAGGCAUUGAGUGAAUGUGAGAUUUGAUAUGUACUCUGACAUAACGCACUGCCAUGUGUAUUUAUUAUACUUAUCACGUUAAUCACGAGAUGUGAUGCUUUUGACAGUAGAGCAGUCUUUUUUUUUUCUUUAUAGGGAUGGGAGUAAUAGGGCUUUUACAGUUGUUGAUUAUAAUUUUUAUUUUAUAUUGCUGACAUUAGCCAUAAAAAUAGUGUGGUUUUCUCUUUUCAUCCAGUUUCAGUGUAAAAUUUUCCCCUCUAAGAGAUCUCAUUGCUUGGAACUGUUUUUUAAAACAAACUCUGUAUAAUUUAAUUAAUUUAAAUAAGGAGCUGUAAGUGAAAUGCUAGUGAAUGAAAAUGUGUUUGUGCUGUCCCAUCCUUUAUUCUUGGACUGGAAGUAGCAGUGAAUGAUAUGUUACAGUGCAUGUUGUUUAGAAGAUAUGUUUCAUAUGAGACUUAGAGGUAGUUACAACUGAAUCUGUACAGAAGUUAAAGUGCAGGCAUUAGCUCAGAUGCUGAGUACAGCAUUCAUCUACUGAAUUACAGGAAUAGAUCAAAUUUACAGUGGGCAGUAUUUUUGUCCAUCCAUAUUGUGCAAAAGUUGUUAAUGUUACUGACCUAAAAUAUUACUUAAAAUAGCUUGGUUCCAUAAAUGCAGCAUUCUGUACAUAGAUUUGUGCCAUGUUUAUUAUCCCCUCCCUUUAUUAUAAUUUUUUAUUUUUAUUCUUUUUUUUUAGCAAUACAGAUUAAAUCUGUAAUGUUGAAUAUGUGGUUCUCACAGUGGUGGCUUUGGAGAAUUCUGUGGUGAAAGUCAACUGACGUUUCUAAAGAACAUCAUUUGACUUUUACAAGAGUGCACAGUGUUGUAUCGCAGAAGACAGAACUCUCCUUGAAAUGUUUAUUAAUAUGGUUGAUAGUUUCAUGUUAAACA